AUGGCUCUCCCAGUGGGGCGAAUCGAAAAUGCAUCAUCCGUCCUGGGACCGGUCUUGAACCAACAGCUUACGCAAAGGGAGGAUUUUUUCAAGCUGGGCCCGAAAGAACAGCUGAGCUAUUUCUGCGCAACCAAACUGAACCGCACGAUUGGGCCGCAAGACAUUCUGUACUUGAGCGACCAGUACCCGCAAGGUUUCCAAACGGUUGUACGAAUGUGCUGUCUCGAUGGGCAAGAGUUUGCGGGCGAAAUACGUCAAGACAAAGUCAAGGCAGAAGAAGCCGCCGCUACCCAAGCAAUGCUGCUUUACAAGGCAGAAGCUACGCUCCUACUUGACACGGCUGUGAAAAAACGGAAAGCAGUGGCUCCGCCCACACCUGUUCAACCGGUCCGGAAGAUGCGCCGCCUGGACCCGGGCGUGAUCGGAAUGCCUGGUUGGGUCGCGCAGCAGUCAGCCAACGUGGUUGCAAGCAACAAAAUGGAGCUUUCCACUCAUUGUGCGAGGAUUGCGAGGAAAAUAAUGGAGAAGACUGACAUAUGCUUCGAAACAAAAGAAGUAGACGAAGGUGGAUUUCAAGCUGUGUUGAGGUUGAACUGCCUCCCGGGCGUUUGGAGUACCAGGUCCUUUGUUGGACAGGUUUGCAACAAAAAGGCGGAGGCAGAGCAAAGCACUGCUGGCGUGGCGUUAGCUGCCAUCAAAAAGGACGCGUUCCUCAUGA